UCAAAACCCUACAAAUGGGCCGUAAACACACUGAGUGAGAGAGAGGGGAAAUGGCGAUUCCAGGGACUGACGGCGAAGAUCUGUCUGCGUCUGCGACUGUGAUCGCAUUCGAUCCUCCGAUUCCUCUGCUGAGAGGGCCGCUCCCAGCUGGUCGUUCCGACGAUCCCUCCAUCGGGCCGUUCGUUCUCGCUUUCAGAGACGAGCGGAGUUGGAGAUCCGCAUACCAAGUCACGGAAUCCAAAAUCAUCGAGCAAUGCGAGGCUGGAGCACGAGUCGGUUGUUCCAUCAAUGCCUCCGCUAAAUGCAAGCCCCCCUGGUGGAAAGCCAUGUUCGGAGCCACUGCCAUGGACUUUUCUGAGAGAGAGCAGUGCGAGGAGCGUGAGAUGUCGGCCUGUCUUGUUGCGGCCAGAGAGUCCUGCGUUCAGUUUGCUAAAGAUAAAUGUUUGCCUGUGUUCCGAGAUGCACGGAUUGCAUUGCCCUAUCAGAAGGGGGUUGGGGGGCUGUUGUUCUGGGCCAAUCCAACUAGCAACUCCAAAUCAUCAGCUGAAGUUGCUGAGCUGGAACCAAUCACUUCAUGCCAGCUGGGUUUUGGCCAUUCAUCGAAGUGCGAUGCUGAGGAGACAAAUUACAGAGGUAGUGUUCUGUUGGAAGGCGGUAUCAGCACCGGAGCUUCUGAAGAUGAAAGUAGUUACAGUGGGAAGUUGAGGGCUUGAAGUGACAUGCAGUUAAUUGCGUGAUUGUACCAGAAUUCCACAUGCACCUUGCAGGCUUGAAAGGUAAGUUAUAAAGGAAACAAUACAGGGAAGGGGCUGUUGGGACGCAACUGUUGCAAAGGGCUUUUUCCGCAAAAGGCCUUCACCCGCAACAACGUGCUGUUGUUUCGUCGAAAACCAAUUGGAUUGGUGUUUAGGGAGACAUUGAUUUCUCACCUAAAUCGUUGGGUGGGUUUUAAAAGGCAGCUGGCAAAUGGCAAUCCAACGGGCCGUUGCAAAAACAGGGUUUUCAACUGAAAUGAGUUUUCUUCGCAAAUCCCCUGGUUUUGACUGCGUUCAAACAGCCCCUUGGCAUUGAGAUUUCUUGAGGAAUUCUGUGGAAUGCUCUACGUUUUGGAUGCCCACUUCACUUUAUCCUACUUUCGCGCUAGAAUGCUAGCACAAAUUUACAAUUCGAUACCAUAUGUAGAAAAAAGAAGGAGA